AGAGUUUUAAAAUUACAAAUAAGUCUUUAACAAAAAUGAAAGCAGCCAAAUAACAUAGUUUCACGUGGCAACAAAUCAUUGAACAUAGUGGAAAGUUUCGUUUCCAACCCUCCCCAAAAAAAUUCACCAUCUUCUUCUUCCUUCUUUUCCCACACAAACAAUCACAAUCUCCAUUUCCAUUUCUUCCACUUUCUCUCUCCUCUGACCAAAAAUGUCAACUCGAAAACUCAUACACCACUCUCUCCGCCGCACCCACCACCACCCCUCCACCGUCCGCCACCAUGCCACUCUCUCUCCUUCCCCUGCACCCCCACCUCCAUCAACCCCCUCUCCUCCUCCUCCCACCGCCAUGAUCUACGAUCGAUUAGCAGAAUCCGUCAAAUCUAAGCUCAAAACUCUCCAAAAUCCCGACCCACGAUUCUUACGCUACACCUCUCCACACCCAAUUUCCGCCGAUCAUUCCCAGAUCCUUCAGUUUCCUGCUACUCAGAUCACUACUCUUCCUAAUGGGCUUCGAGUUGUUACUGAGUCACGACUCGCUUCUGGGUCGGGUUCUGUUGGGGUGUAUUUGGAUUCUGGGAGUCGAUUUGAGUCUGAUGAGAAAAAUGGGGUUGGGAGUUUUUUGGAACGCGUCGUUUUGACGUCGGAUAAUGAAGAUGCGGCGAAUAUUGGGGCUGAAUUGGAGGGGUUUACUGGGAGAGAGAUUUCUGGGUUUUUGGGGAAGGUUGCGGCGCAGAAUUCUGGGAAAUUGGUUGAGGUUUUUGGGUCUUUGUUGCAGAAUUCGGAUUUUAGUGAUGAGAAGAUAGAGAAAGUUCGGAAUGCUAUUCUCAGAGAAAAAGAGCUGAUGGGUGUAGAAGGUGACCAAGUUAUCAUGGACCAGUUACAUGCUACUGCAUUCCAGUAUACUCCACUUGGUAAAACCAUUUCGGGAUCUGUAGAUACAAUAAAAUCCAUUACUAAAGCCGAUAUUCAAGACUAUAUGUCCUCUCACUGUGCUGCCCACAGAAUGGUGAUUUCUGCUUCAGGAGGUGUUAAGCAUGAAGAGGUUGUGGAACAAGUGAAGAAGGUCUUCACUAAAUUGUCAGCUAAUCCUAUCACAACUUCUCAGCUAGUUGCAAGUGACCCAGUUAAUUUCACUGGAUCAGAGGUUCGCAUGAUUAAUGAUGAUCUUCCCCUUGCACGAUUUGCGGUUGCAUUUGAAGGAGCUUCUUGCAAAGAUCCAGAUGCCAUUGCUUUAAUGGUUGUGCAGACUAUGCUGGGUUCAUGGAGCAAAAUGGAAGAAGGUGGAAAGCAUGUGGGGUCAGAGCUUGUUCAAAGGACCUCCAUUAAUGAAAUUGCUGAGAGCAUCAAAACAUUCAAUAUUAACUACAAAGAUACGGGUCUCUUUGGUGUCUAUGCUCUGGCUCAGCCUGACUGCUUGGAUGAUCUGUCAUAUGCAAUUAUGCAUGUAAUAAGCAAGUUGUCUUAUCGAGUUUCAGAGGAGGAUGUUAUCCGUGCACGUAAUCAGCUGAAGUCCUCUCUUCUUGCUAAAAGUAAUGGAAUCAGCAGGGCUGCUGAAGAUGUUGGGCAGCAGUUGUUGACCUAUGGAAGAAGAAUACCCUUCGCUGAAUUAUUUGCAAGAAUUGAUGCAGUGGACGCCAGUGCUGUGAAACGUGCAGCUGAUCGUUUCUUAUUUGAUAAGGAUAUUGCAAUUGCUGCUAUGGGACCAAUCAAGAAACUACCCGACUACAACUGGUUCAGGCGCAGGACAUACUGGCUACGUUACUAGAUUUAUUGUGCAUUUUGGUUAUUUGAAAGUAUAUGUUACACCGUCGUGGUUGGGUGAGAAAAAUUGGUCAUCACUGACAGCCGCUUCAAGAUAAAUAAGCUUGAGAAACAUUUUAUGUACUGCUUGGACACUGUCUGAUAUGAGCACACUAUUUUUUGGUAGAUUAUGGGCUCUGUGCUCUAAAAUAUCUGUACAUUUCACUAAAACUACUGUCAAGACUCAAGAGGAAUGAUACUGCCUCAUUUCUCGUUUUUGGCUUUUCAUCAAUAAAUGCGAAAAACGAAGGCGCAAUUUUGUUGUCUAUUUUGAUCUUACACCCUAUAUACAGCAUUCAUACACUAAUUGGAUUAUCUUUUAGGACGAA